GAGAGCACGUGAGUCUCUGCCAUUUCAUUUGCGCCACCACGUACCAAUGUCUCGUCUUCUUCGUCGUCUCUCUUUCUUGCUCCUGCUCCUCUACAUCUGCUGCUAUGCUGCUGUUGCCGCUGCUGCUGAUGAUGAUGAAGACUCGCUCAUAUUUGAGAACUCGAGGCUCAGCAAGGCUUACACCGCCCUCCAAGCAUGGAAGUUGGCCAUGUUCUCAGACCCGUUCAACUUCACCUCCAACUGGAAUGGCUCGGACGUGUGCUCCUACAUGGGAGUCUUCUGCACUGCUCUCCCUUCCGUCGGGCGAGUGAUCGCCGGCAUUGACCUCAACCACGCAGACAUUGCUGGUUACUUGCCUCCAGAGCUAGGCCUCCUCUCCGACCUCGCUCUCUUCCACAUCAACUCCAACCGCUUCUGCGGCGUCGUCCCCACCAGCUUUCGGCGACUGAAACUGCUUCACGAGCUGGAUCUCAGCAACAACCGAUUUGUAGGCAACUUCCCUAAAGUGGUGCUCUCCUUGCCUUCCCUCAAGUACCUCGAUCUCCGUUUUAACGAGUUCGAAGGCUCCGUUCCCUCCCAGCUUUUCGACAAGGAUCUCGAUGCCGUUUUCCUCAACGACAACAGGUUCCGGAUGGGCAUCCCUCACAAUCUCGGCAACUCGCCGGUUUCGGUUCUCGUGUUGGCCAACAAUAAUCUCGGGGGCUGCAUUCCUGGUAGCAUCGGCAACAUGGGGAAGACCCUCAAUGAGAUUAUUCUGUUGAACGACAAUCUCACCGGUUGCUUGCCUCCCCAGAUCGGCCGCCUGCGUAAUCUGACCGUCUUUGAUGUGAGCUUCAACCAGCUUCAAGGGCCUCUGCCCUCCGCCUCCAUAGCCAAUAUGAAGAGCUUGGAAGAGCUGGACGUCGCCCAUAACAGAUUCACUGGUGUUAUACCGGCCAGCAUUUGCCAACUGCCGGCCUUGCACAACUUCACCUAUUCCUUCAACUACUUCACCGGAGAGGCUCCUGCUUGCACCGCCACUCCUGCCUCCAAUAAUGGUAGCAAGAACUGCAUUCCUGGCAAGUUGGAUCAAAGAUCUACCAGGGAAUGUGCCUCCCCGGCUGCACGCCCCGUGGACUGCAGCAAGCUCAAAUGCGGAGGAGGUGGUUCAGGUGGUGGCCGCGGCGGGUCUGUCCCAAAAGCACGCCAUCCUCCAUCCCCGACUUCUAAAUCAUCGCCUUCCACUAGAUCACGUCCUCCACCUCCAUCAUCAACAUCAACAUCACCCCCGCCCUCUUCACAUUCACCUUCACCGACAAGGUCGCCUUCUCCUCCUCCACCACCUUCUGAAAAAGUAUCACCCAGAACUCAUCUUCAUGUGCCACCACCACCACCCACCCAAAAGGUAUCACCAAGUACCCAUCUAGCUCCACCGCCCCCUGGUUCAUCUCCACCGCGAGUAAAAGCACCAGCUGUACCACCGCCUGGUGAUCACUCUCAUGUAGUGCCUCCAUCACCUUCACCUUCACCACCAAGUCCAAGUUAUCAUUCUCAUGCUUCGCCACCGCCACCGCCCCCACCACAGUCUGUUGAGCUUCCAGCUCCUGCCCCACCAUCACCACAACACUACUACCCACCUCACAUCCCACCAACAGAAGCUCCAAGCUGUCAACAUUCUUACCCUUCACCACCUCCGCCACAUCACUCUUCCUAUGACGUCCCACCUCCAAACUAUCAUCACAGUCCGGUUUACACUUCACCGCCUCCGCCUCCGCCUCCUCCACCGGGGACCAAUGAACCUUAUACAAAAGCACCAUCACCUUGGCACACUCCCGAGCAUAACGCACCACCCAAAACAGAUGCUAGUCCACCUCCGCCCCCGGGGCCCAAUGAACAUUACACAAAAGCACCACCACCUUGGCACACUCCCGAGCAUAACUCACCACCCAAAACAGAUGCUAGUCCACCUCCGCCCCCGGGGCCCAAUGAACAUUACACAAAAGCACCACCACCUUGGCACACUCCCGAGCAUUAUGCACCGCCCAAAGCAGCUGCAAGUCCACCUCCACCUCCGCCUCCGCCUCCACCAUCAGCUCCUGAUACACCAUCCGAGCCAUCACCUUCCCAUUCUCUGCCGCCCGUAGGCUGUAUCAUUCCGGCAUCAAUCCCACCACCUCCACCAAGCUAUCACCAGUCACCUUCUCAACAUUGGCAUUAUCCACCACCACCACCAUCAUGGACGCAUCAACAAUCUCCUCCACAUGGUGAACCCCCGAAGUUUGAUAACAACGCUCCGCUUCCACCAGUUAUAGGAGUUUCAUAUGCAUCUCCUCCUCCUCCCACAAUUCCCUACUAUUAAUUUUAUCGUUAUUGCUUAUUUUCUUCUCUAUCUAACCUAUAUUAUUUGUAUGAAUGGAAAUGGAUAUAAUCUUAU